UUUCUCUGCGAACGAUAUGAAUGAAAGAGGGAAAUUAAUGAUUUACCAGUUAUUCUGCCUGGACUAAUUUUGUUUUCUGGAGGAUUUUAGAGUAACGUGUUGUGUUCAGAUUACAAACAAAGAAGUUAUUCGUUGUAGGAACACAAAUCAACUUCGACUUAUGUAUAUCACAGGUGUGGCUGUGUGGUAAGAAGUUUAAUCCCAAGUACAUGGUUCCGAGUUCAGUCCCACCGCGUAGCACAUUGGGCAAAUAUCUUCUACUGCAGCUCCGGGCCGACCAAAAUAUCUUGUGAGGGGAUUUAUUUGAUAGAAACUGCAAAGUCCGCCAUAUACUAUUUUACUUGUUUCAGUCAUUUGACUGCGGCCAUGCUGGAGCACCGAAUUAAAGGGUUUCAGUCGAAGAAAUCAACCCCAGGAUUUAUUCUUUGUAAGCCUAGUACUUAUUCUAUGGGACCCUUUUGCCGAACCGUUAAGUUACGAGAACGUAGACACACCAAAAUCGGUUGUCAAGUGAUGGUGAGAGAAAUCAAAUCAAAGAUAUAAAUCCUCUUAAAAGGAUAUCAACAUCCAAGUUCCCCGAUUUUAUCCAGUGUAUCAGUGAAAAACCAAAGAUGUCAAGGGUUGUCACUUUAAACAGAACCCUUGAUUCAAUAACACUGUGUAUAAACUCUGUGUCUGAAAUGACCAAUUUCAAAGACUGUUGAAUUUUACUCAUAGGGUAUUGGAAUCUUAAUAAUAGAUUUACAAAUGCAAUGACCAAUCUUAAAGACUAUUGGAUUUUACUCACAAGGUAUUGGAAUCUUAUAUGUAUACCAUUCUGCCUAAACAAUGGAUUUACAAAUACAAUAUCCCUACAUUCACUCUAUAUUUCCUAUCUUAACUAAACUAACUAUUGCUUAACCAUCCUCUCACACCGUCUCCGAUGAAGGGAAAUAAUAAAUAUCCUGGAAACAUCUAUCUCUGCACACACUGGUUCAACAAUGGUUCACUUCAACGUAAUUGUAUUCCUCCUGGGUCUCUUAUCACCAUUAGUUUAUUCUCAUGGUUGUCGUAUGGAAGACGACGAGUGUGAGUUUAAGCUGGUAAUUUCCUAUCAAUUAACGAUGGUAGUCAAUCAUGCCUUGGUAAAACCCUACAAUGGAAAACUCUACAAACAUGACGUCACUAAUUUUACGGGUGCUCAACCGAUACCAACUGAGGAAGUUAUUACAAUGGAUGGUUUCUCUGAGUCAGUGAAGGUGAUUGCAGUUAAUGGCACAGUUCCAGGACCAACAAUAGAAGUUUAUAAGGGACAAAGAGUCAUCAUUGAAGUAGAAAACGAAUUAUUUUCAGAAGGUACGACAGUACAUUGGCACGGCAUUCAUCAAAAAGGAACACCUCAUAUGGAUGGCGUGCCUUGGGUUACACAAUGCCCUAUUCUACCUGGUCAAUCGUUCAGAUAUGAAUUUAAUAUUACACAAACUGGAACUUAUUGGUACCAUUCUCAUCUAGGGACACAGCGUAACAUGGGACUAUUUGGUGCUUUUAUAAUACACGAAAAAACACAACCUAAAAUGAAAGAACAUUUGAUGUUAAUAACAGAAUACAAUCAUAACUGGGACGCCGAUGUGAGUCUCAUAAAACCACGUUUGGGAUAUUAUUUUGAUGGUAAAAUGAUUGGACGGACGAAAUCUCUAGAUGGAGCAUUUUUUUCUCCUUUAAACGUCGAUUCGGCGCUUGUGAAUGGUCGGGGCCGUUAUUAUGAUGAGUCAGGGAAUCACAAUGGGGCUCCCUUAGCUAUCUUUGACGUAGAAUCGGGAAAACAUUAUCGUUUUAGAGUGAUCGCUGCAGGGGCUCUGUACCCGUUUGAAGUGUCUGUUGAUGGUCACCAGAUGACAGUCGUUGCCUCUGAUGGUUAUGAACUGAAUCCAACACUUGUUGAUUAUUUUAUCAUCAACCCGGGCGAGAGAUUUGACUUCACGCUACAUACAAAUAAGAAUAUCGGGAAUUACUGGAUCCGUGGAAAGACGCUACAAAUACAUAAAAACAAUACAUUUGAAGCAAUUCUUCGAUAUAAAGGUGCACCGGACGAAGACCCCAACUCCACAGUUUCUGACUGCGUUCAACAGAAGAACUGCAUCUUACUUAACUGUCCCUUUCUUUAUUAUCCUGAGAAAAGUAAGAAACGAUGUUUACAAUUCGAUGACUUGGAGUCGGCUAGCUCAACUCAAGCACCCUCAUUCCGGUCUGGAAAGUUUGAGGAAUAUUUUUUAAAUUUUGCUUUUUUUGGUGUACCUGGAAACAUGCAUUCGUUUACGAAUGGUCGGAGAUUUCUGGAACCUACGGUAAAUCCUUUAACACAACCGAUUGGAACCGACAUUUUGUGUGAAAAUGCCAAUUGCGGUGUUGAUAGAGUGUGUCAUUGUACUUACACCUUAAACCUGAAAGCUGAUGAUACUGUCCAAAUUGUAAUGACAAGCUUAGGGAGAGGGAAUAGUGAUUCGCACCCCAUGCACCUGCAUGGGCAUUCAUUUUAUGUUGUUAAGAUGGGAUUUCCGAAAUACAAUGAAACAUCGGGAAAAAUUAUAGCAAAUACUAAAGAUAUUGAUUGUAGAGGUGACCCGAAAAAGAAUUAUUGUAACGAUGCGACUUGGUCAAACAGCAACUGGGAGGGAGACAAUAUCCCCGGAAUAAAGUUAGACAAGGCUCCUCUAAAGGAUACAAUUAUGGUCCCUAAAGGUGGAUACGUUGUAGUGAGAAUAGUUGCAGACAACCCUGGAUUAUGGUUGAUGCACUGCCAUAUUGAAUUACACAGUAUGGAUGGAAUGGCUCUUGUUUUUAACGAAUCUUUCGCUCGUUUACCAGAAAUACCGGACAACUUGCCUAAGUGUCACAGCUUCAAGAAAGGAGUUUAUAACAAAAGAGACGAUAUUGGAAAAGAUGACGACAAACAUAAAAAUUAUAAUGGCGAUAUAACCGACCCAACAGUAAAAGUGGCACUCGGAGUUCUAAUCGGAAUUGUCUGCGUCCUGGUUAUUCUUGUUAUUGUUCUUGUUUAUGUUUUGAUUGGUGUGCUGAAACAGAAGAAAUGACAUUCGAAAACCUCUUGAAAGCAACACGUCUGAAGAUAGAAGUGAAGGAAAGUUCAGUGGCAUGGUAGUGGUAGUGGUCGCGGUGGUGAUAGUUACGAGGGAUGGGAGGAUUGUUUAAUGCAAUAGUGCUUUUAGUGGUGGCUGCGCUGGUGGGGGGGGGGUGAUGGUGUCGGUGGUUGUUGUUUGUGUUGUGUGGGGAGGAGUGUUAAUGCUGGAGGAGGAGGUGAAAUAACAUAGAAUACAUUAUGGUUUAUGCAAUGCUUAGUCCAAGUGUUCGAGUGGGGUUUGGUAACUAAUGCAUGAAGGAUGUAGCUGUUGGUGUACAUAUAGCACAGGUAUAUAAUGACUUGUAGGCACACGGCAUUUCGUUAUGCAACCAUGAUAUACAACGAAGUGCAUUAAACGUUUUCAUAAGACAAUAGCGUGUACUUCUGUGUUAGCAGUGCACUUAAAUCCCGUGUUAAGGUCAUCUCUACAGAUUUGCUAGAGAAAUUAUAACCAACACUGAUUAUUUUGUUACGACGUUUUGUAUCCGAGAUUCCAGAUGUAAACAAACAGUGAAAUCGAGGACGAAAAGAUAGUUAAUGAGCGUAUAUACCAUAAAGAGCGUAUAAACUGAUGUUGUUUCGAUGUUUCCUUUCCGAUGCGCCAGAUGUGACCAACAGUAAGAUCUAGGAUGAAAAAAUGUAUAAUGGGCGUAUAUACUAUAUUUCGGGAGUUUUUGCACUUUCAUCAGCACCCAUCUUACACAUUAAUCAUCCAUGAACUCAUUGCUUAAAUAACCACGAAAUACAGCUGUGUAACGUUACUGGAUAUACCAGUUUACUCAUUAAACACACUUCUGGAAAGUUGGUGUGCAAAUAUUAAUGACUUGUAGGCGCACGGUAUUUCGUUAUGCUACCACAAAAUACUAUAAGUAUAUUAAACGUUUUUAUAAGUCAAUACCGUGGACUACUGUGUUAGCAGUUGGAAUGCGCUUAAUAGGCAAAUUGGUGUAUUCAAUAUCGUUAUAUCGCUAUAUGUAGUGGUUAUAUAAGCAAUGAAUUCGUGGAUGGUUAAUGGGUUAGAUGGGUGCACACGAAGGAGCAAAACUCCCGAAAUAUGGCAUAUACGCCCAUUAUACAAUUUUUCUUCCUCGAUCUUACUGUUGAUUACAUCUGGCGUAUCGGAAAGGAAACGUCGUAACAAGAUCAGUGCUGGCUCUAACUUCUAUCGAAGAUCUAUAGAGAUGACAUUAACACAGGAUUUCAGAACAUUGCUAGUACAGUAGUACAUGGUAUUGAAUAAUACAAUCGUUUAAUAUACUUUGUAAUAAUCGCAUAACGAAAUAUUAUGUCCCUAUACAUCAUUAAUACACGCACAUACAUACGCACACAGACUAUAUUGUUUUUUAAAUUGCUAAAUUAUUACUUUUAAUUAAGUUCAUCGUAGGAGCUGCUUAACUAUAUUAUCAAUUUUCCAGUAGCUUUUAAAGGUAGGCUAUGUUUGCAUGGGCUUUAAACCAAUUCUAUUUACUAGCGGGACCCGUGAAUAUUUCACGGAAUUAAUAGUAAAUUUAUUGGGUUAUUCCUGAAAACUUUAUCGAAAAAUCCUGAAAGCGUAACCUGUGGUGUGUCUGUAUCAAAAGAUAGUCGCUCAUCUGCUAUUCAUUGGAAAGUGAAGGAAAUUGGAAUAAGAUGAUUAUUUAAUGCACUUUUUAUAUAUAUAUAUUAUAUGCUUUAUAUGCCCAAUUUCAUAGACUUAAUACACAACUCUCAUAAAAUAAA